CACUGGCGCGAGCGAGCGAAAGAGGGAGAGAGAGAGAGAGAGAGAGAGAGAGAACGAGAACUGUGCUGGAUUGUUUACACUUUUCUUUUCCUUCGCCUUUCCGGACAGGUGUGAAUGUGUUUGUUGAAGAUUUUCGGUAUAAAGUGGAUGUGCGGAUCGCGGACACACCUGUAUCGACACCUGUACCGACACCUGUACCGACACCUGUAUCGACACCUGUACCGACACCUGUAUCGACACCUGUACCGACACCUGUAGGGGCCCCAUGACACCUGUUUGUGUUCAGCAGGUGGACGGCAUCCAUGUUGAGACUGUAACAUAUUAGUGACAUUAAUUUCUUUUAGAUUCUUAGGUUUUUAUUGUGACAAUGAAAGUGACUGUGCACUUUGGGAACACUGGAGUCGUGGUGCCGUGUAAAGACGGCUGGAUUGUGCGGGACCUCAUAGACCAAGCCACUCAACGGUACAGAAAAAUAGUCGAACAGGAUGGGGAGUUUCUGGUGCGUACACAUCAUGUGGAGUACGCAGACGGGGGGAUUCUGGACCCCGACGACAUGCUCAAGGAACUGCUCGAGGACAAGGACAAGCUGAUAGCAGUUUACGAGGAGACAGAACUCCAGUCGAGGACACCAGUCAGCCCGGGGGGAAGUGUGGCGUCUGGAUACUCCAGUCCUUACGCCUCGGAGCCUGAGCUGGGGGUCCUGCGUCCCAACGUGGGCACAGAGAUUGAGGUCACUUCCAGAACCCUCAAGUCAAACACGCCUCUGAUGGUCAGGAGCAGCAGUGAACUGACGCUGUCACGCUCGCUGGACAUCGGGAGUCGCGACACCGACAAUAACCACAGACCAACAACGACGGGAGCAGGCCAGGUGCUCACAGUGAAGGGUGUAUCCAGUGUAUCCAUGGACAUACCAGACGACGACAUGAUGAACAGGAGGAUCAAUAACAACAACAGCAGCAGCAGGCUCACCAGAACAGUGGAAAUUUCUGGAGACAUGGGACCUCUAGGAAUUAAAGUUGUACCUUAUCUUUCUUCACUGAGUGGACGGCCGCUGGGCCUUCACGUUAAAGGCAUUGAGGAGAACAGUCGCACGAAGAGAGAGGGCAUCUUCGAGGAGGACGAGUGCAUCGUACAGAUCAACGGCACCGAGCUCAUAGACAAGUCUUUUACUCAGUCUCAGGAGAUGUUUCGUCAGGGCAUGUCGUCCCCCCUGGUGAAGCUGGAGGUCCUCCCCGUGUCUAACAAGCUCCAGUAUGAGAAGAGUCUCAUCAGCCAGAUCUUCAGCAGCAGUGACGCCUCUCACACCUUUACACCUAAACCCAAGAGUCCCUUCCUGCUACGGAAAGCAGACGUUAAACCCACUGACCCCGCCCAGUUCUCAUCCUCUCUGACUCCGCCUACGAGAGAGGAGCCGGCCGUGAGACGCAGCCCCGUCGUAGUGGAGCGUCGUGAACAGACCCCGUCUCCUUCCAUCAGUGCCUCACCCACACCCAGGUCUGGCAGCGAAAGCCCCGCCUCCACAGUAAACCCCGCCCACAUAGCAUUAGCAAACGCUAAUAAGAAAGCUGGCAGGAGGAUUGUCAAUUUAACAAAAGGUUCGGAUGGUCUGGGCUUCACCGUGGUGACCAGGGACUCGGCCGUUCACGGGCCCGGACCCAUCCUGGUGAAGAGCAUCCUGCCCCGUGGGGCUGCUGUGAGAGACGGACGCCUGCAAUCUGGGGACCGAAUCCUCGAGGUAAACGGAGUGGACAUCAGUGGAUACAGACAGGAGGAACUGGUAGCGAUGUUACGCAGCACCAAGCAGGGAGAGACUGUCUCACUGUUAGUGAGCAAACAAGACGAAGCUGUCUUACCUCGGGAACUGAAAGGAGAUCCGUUCGGUCAGACCCUGUCUCAGGAGGGCCGAGAGCACCUGGUCUAUGAGAUUCCUGUAAACGACUCGGGGUCAGCCGGACUCGGACUCAGCCUGAAGGGCAACAAAUCCAGAGAGACCGGUGAGGACCUGGGCAUCUUCAUCAAGUCCAUCAUCCAUGGAGGGGCUGCGUUCAAGGAUGGGCGCCUGCAGGUGAACGACCAGCUUGUGGCUGUCAACGGCGAAUCUCUUCUUGGCCGAUCCAACAACGACGCCAUGGAGACCCUGAGACGCUCUAUGUCCAUGGAAGGGAACCAGAGAGAAACCAUCCAGUUAGUUAUCUUCCGAGCCAUGGAGCAUUCCCCUGCCCAGGAGAGACGACGAGAUGAAGUUCAGCGUAGAGAGAAUCCCACAGCUCAGUACACUUACAAUAAACCAAGCAACGGCGUGGCUCCGCCUCCCAUGGUCAUCAACAGCAUCUAUGCCCGUGCUCCAGGUCCCGUAGCAGCCGCCAACGACAGACCCGGGGUGUAUUAUGACGCCUCUGACGAAGAUGACUUCGCUUCUCAUCCUUCUGAUAUAGAGUCAGACUUUAACCCGCAGCCGAGAUACCCAAAAAACAGAGUGGAACAUGAACCGGUCUCCAACAUGGGACCCCCGAAAUAUCAACUACAACACACACAUCAUCCUACACCAAAGACUUCCAAGAGUAUGGACCUGGUGGCAGAUGAGGGCAACAUUGGUGGCAGACAACCACAGAGACUUGCAUCCAUGUCAUCUCUGGGGCCGACGUUGGGACUACAAAAGUCUAGCUCUCUGGAGAGUUUGCAGACAGCCAUGGAGGAAGCUAAUAAGGGCAGCGUUCCCUUCCAUCGGCCUGCUGGUCCUAUGGUACGUGGCCGUGGUUGCAACAUGAGCUUCCGGCAGGCCAUCGACAAGUCCUACGAUGGCCCCUCGGAGCCUGAGGACGAUUACUCUGAGGACAGCUCAGGCAGGGACACGCCUGCCAGUAGUUCCUCACGCCAAGAACUAGAGGAUGGAGGUAAAGACAAAAAGAAGACCAAAAAGAAGAAGGAGAAGAAAACCAAGACCAAGAAGAAAGAUGAUGCUGAUGACCCAGAUAAGAAGACCAAGAAGAAGGGUUUUGGACUCUUGAGAUUCGGCAAAAAGAACAAAAGCAAAGGAAAGUUGGGAUCGCUGAGUGAAGAGGAACUCAAUAAGAGCGAACCGGAAAUGCUAACGGAGGCGAACGUGUCGGCGCGUGCUCAGGCCCUCGACGUAGAAGACGACGACUUCGACCCGAACUACGCCCGCAUCACUAACUUCAGAGAUCCGCCUCCUUCUAGCCACGCCCCCUAUCCGAACCGCAUGCCCUCUCCUCAUUAUGUUCCACCCACAGUCCCCGCCUACAACGUACCUCAGACCAGCGAGGAUCCGCGGGAAGGACUGUACGCCAAAGUCAACAAGAUCAAGCCCUCGCCGCAGCCCGCGGCCGACAGUAAUGAAGCUCGUCUGCAGCAGAUCCGGAGUCAGUUGCAGCAUCUGAAACCUUCUCCAUCGUACGCCGAGUCAGGAGCAGGACACCGAGUGCAGGAGUACGACCCGUCACGGAUAAGAGGCCCCGAUCCUCGCGUGGCUCCGAGAUAUGAAGAUAUCGAUCGACCGUACACAUCUGCACCAAGACAAACGAUUGCAGAAGGCCACAGAGAGGCGGACCGCUACCUGAACGCUAGUCCCACCUACAAAGCGAACCCGACCCCCCAGCCAGGCGCAAACCGUGUUCCUGCAGGCCGCCCCGGACCGUUCCGAUACGACAUGCCCACGUCCUCCUCUCCGGGCCAGCAGGGGGCGCCGAGCUACGAAGCUGCCAUCAAAGCCAGCAGUCGCACAGCUGCUCCCAAUCAAUACGGCAAAUAUGAAGACGGGCAGUACCCGAACCAUCGGACCAAGAACCCAGCCAUCGGAGCGGUGUAGGUUAACAUUAACAUUAACAUGGCUGAUCUGGAAGGAGGACAUUGUAAAGCUCUUCUUAAGGAUCCUUUUAUAAUAAAAGCUGGUUCUUCCCUCAGAACGUUCUAUUCUCCAGCCGUCUCUGCAACCUAAACCCUCUCCGUUAGUUGUAGUCGUUGUCACACAAAGUGAUUUCUUUUAAGUCUGCAAGGAAAUCCAUCUUCAAGCUUCUCAUUUAGAAAAUCUGUCCCAGUGUUUGACUUGACAGGCUUCUUCAGUUCACCCCAACACUUCUGCUCCAUGCUUAUCUCCACACUGGACACAGAUCCUGCAUGGUGCUCUUAAAGGGUUCCCCAGAGCAAGGAACCUUUGUCCUAGUGGGAUUGAGUAGAUCGUGAACCCUGUUCUGGAGCAGGGUCAGUUAGCCACCUUUCAGAACAGUUCUAGAUGUAAGGAUAAACUUUUCAGACAACUUUAAACCGUCGUCAUCUUCAGUUCAUCCAUACUUCAGUUUAUCGAGUUUAACAGUUAAAUACACAGCUAAAGAACCUUCAGGUUCCUCUUAUUUCCAGGCUGUAAACCAACCCAAAAUGUGGAGCUACAGUACAGUAGCUAGGAGUCGUGAGGUUUCCAGACUUAACCUAGUGUUCAACAGGUUCUGCUUCAGGUUCUUGUCUUUAUCUUGAGCUUCUACACUUUAAAAGGAACGUUUUAUCUGCUCGAAUAAACCACUUCAGAAUCCAAGACGUAGAGAAAAAGAUGUUCUUGAGUGUCGAUAGUUUUCCAUAUUAUACAGUAUAUUUCUAGAUUUCUUUCCACUUGUUGUGUUCCUGAGAGGUUCUCAGGUGGGUUUCCUUCAGAACCUCAGAUCUGUCUGGUAUAUGAUGGCUAACGCUUCUCACUCGUCUUUCUUUCUGUAUUAACCUCAGCAGAACGAGAUGACGACCAGGAGGCGUUUCAGAUCUGCUUCCAAACUUCCGUCUCUCUGUUUAGUUUAUUGACUUUUUUUACGUAGCUACGUGUGAGGCUGUAAAUCUCGUUAUUUUACUUCCCUUUAAUGAAGGAGUGCCAACUGAGAAAUAAAGUGUGUGAGAAGGCAGUCGGAUUUUUGGGAUGAUUUUAUUUUGUGUAUUUAUGGUAAGAUGGAUCUUUAUUUUUUACUUUUACGUUUUACUUUUUUUUCCUCAACUGUGGAGAAUUUUGCACAUUUAAAAAAAAACACACUACUCUUUCCAGAGUAUCAUUAAUCACUAUUUUUUUUUCUUUUGGUAUAAAAAUUCCAAACGCUGCCGUUUUGCCUCUUUCUCACUUUUUUUUUUUUCUAUGUUGCAUGUAAACGAAGUGUAAAAUUUCUGAAAUGAAAAUCAAACCGAAACGGAAGGUACUGUGUGUCCUACUGUUCUUUCUGUGUAUAUAUAUAUAUAGACCUUUUAUUUUUAAAGAAAGGACAAAUAUGAAGCUAGGAUGUGUGUGUGUGUGUUUCCUCCAGAAGAAUAAGAACAUUGUGUGUUAAUAUAUUGACAAAUGGCCGUGGUCACAUGACCUUGCAUCAGUGAUGAUUCAGUUGAUUCUUUGUUACUGCCUGAAUGUUUUACACUAAAAAUAAACUCAUCCUUCAUUAA